AUGUCCUUGGAGAUCGAGGCCGCAGAUGUGAUCAAGAUCAUCCUGCAGUUCUGCAAGGAGUCGGGGCUCCUGGCGUCCUUUGAUGCCAUUCAGAAUGAAUGCCAGGUCUCGCUCAACACAGUUGACAGCAUUGAGACCUUCGUCUCUGAUGUGAAUAAUGGCAGAUGGGAUGCAGUGUUGCCAGUGGUCACUCAGCUGAAGCUGCCCCGCAGCAAACUGGAGGACCUGUAUGAAUUGGUUGUCCUUGAAAUGAUAGAGUUGCGUGAGAUCGACACAGCACGGGCCAUGUUGAGGCAGACGCAGGUCUUUCAAAGGAUGAAGAGGGACAAUCCUGAGCGCUACAUGCGGCUGGAGCAGCUCUGUGGCCGGACGUACUUUGACAUACGUGAGGUUUAUGGCGGGACUUCUAAAGAGAAGAGAAGGGGUCAAAUUGCACACUCCCUGUCACAAGAAGUCACCAUGGUUCCUCCGUCAAGGCUAAUGGACCUCAUUGGGCAGGCUUUGAAAUGGCAACAGCACCAGGGUCUCCUCCCGGCGGGCACAGCGUUUGACUUGUUCCGUGGGACUGCCCAGGGCCAGCGAGACGAGGUGGAGAGCUUUCCUGUGGCGAUGGAACGUGAGGUGAAGGUGCCCAAGGCCUACCACCAUGAGUGUGCACGCUUCUCGCCUGAUGGACAGAUGAUUGCCACUGGCAGCACAGAUGGCAUUAUAGAGAUCUGGGACCUGGUGUCAGGCAAGGUCAAGAAGGACCUGCAGUACCAGGCAGACAACAAUUUCAUGCUGCAGGACAGCGCAGUGCUGUGCAUGGACUUCACGAGGGACAGUGAGCUGUUGGUUACGGGGGCCAACAACGGCCAACUCAAGGUGUGGAGGAUCCGAACAGGCCAAUGCCUGAAGCGCAUUGACCGGGCACAUGCCCAGGGCGUCACAAGCGCCACUUUCUCCAGAGACGGAAGCCAUGUUCUCAGUGGAUCUUUUGACGGCAUCGUGCGGGUGCACGGCCUCAAGUCUGGCAAGACGCUCAAGGAGUUCAGAGGCCACACCUCAUUCGUGAAUGAUGCCAUCUACUCCGCAGAUGGCAGCCAAGUCAUAAGCGCUUCCAGCGAUGCGACGGUGCGCAUCUGGGACUCAAAGAGCUGUGAGUGCAUCCGGGCUUUCAGGCCGCCACAGUCUAUCAGCGGCGAAGUGCCAGUGAACACGGUGCACCUUUUUCCUCAGAACGUGGACCAAACUGUUGUGUGCAAUCGGACGUCCAUGGUGUUCGUGGUCACCUCCGAUGGCUCGGUGGCCAAGACUUUCCAGUCUGGAAAGCGCGAGGGGGGCGACUUCCUGGCAGCAUGCGUGUCGCCACAUGGCGAUUGGAUCUACUGCCUUGCUGAAGACAGCAACCUGUACUGCUUCAGUGUAUCUACAGGGAAGCUGGAGAAUAUACUGCAGGUCCAUGACAAGGGUGCCAUCGGUCUGUGCCAUCACCCCCAUCGGAAUUUGAUCGCCACUUUUUCCGAGGAAGGCGAACUGCGAUUUUGGAAAGCGUGA